UUGCUAUGGCAGCAGUUGCAGCGUGAUUUGACGGUAGUGUAGUGAUGAGUGAGACAACUAGAAGUGAUGGGAAUUUUCUUAAACACAAAAUGACACUGAUAGAAAUGUCGGAUAGCUAUGGGUUUAACUUGUUAGUUGAUUUCUACACAGAGUGUUAGGUCAUUAUAGAUAUCAACACCUGAAGAACUGCAUAAAACACAUGCUAUACCAGCAAAGAUUCGAUGACUUUAAUGAGUUUGAAGUCUUAAGCGGUCGCCUUAAACUAGAAACUAAGAGGCAUGGUCCAGGAGACCCUUCGAAUCCGAAUCCUGCGUCAUUUUCCACGGCGAAAAUCCAGCAAAAGUUGUUUACGAGAAACUCAGAAGAGGACGAGGAGCCUGUAGCAGAUGAAGGAGAAGAACACCCCCUUCCGAAUGUGAUGGAAAAUGCAUACUAUUUUGAUAAUGCAGGAGUAGGUAUUGGGAAAAACGAGACUGUUCUAUUAAACAUGGCUAUCAAGUCUCUAGUGAAUACCCAAGCUGUUCAAACUGCGCGAUUUUGGGGGAAAAUUCAUGGAUUGAUUCAAAAUUACUACAUAGUCGAAGUAGAGUUUCCUGAGGGGGAAGACAUAGACGAAGAGGAGAGUGCAGAAUCAUUUAAUCGUGAUGCAACUGAAAUAGAUGAUGAAGAAGGAGCUGAAGAAGGCAAAGAUGUCCUACCAAAGUCCAAAUGGAAACCACCAGUCAAAGUGCCGAGAGAGGAAAAUCAUAUUGGAACUAAUAAGAAAGUUUAUUUCGUAUGUCAUGAACCAGGCCUACAAUGGAUAAAACUUCCACCGGUAACACCUGAACAAAUAGUAGCUGCUCGAGCUGUUCAUCGUCUCUUUACUGGGAUAUUGGAUUCUCCGGUUUCGUGUUAUCCACCUUAUCCUGGUAAUGAAGCUAAUUACUUACGGGCUCAGAUAGCACGAAUUAGUGCAUCCACCCAAAUAUCUCCACAAGGUUAUUAUACUUUUGGAAGUAAAGAAGAAGAAGAAGCAGAAGAACUUGGGAAUGAAGAAGAAGGUGAACGACAGAAUUAUGUAAAAAAUGAAGAAUACGAACCAUUAAGUAUUAAUGAAUUAGCUGAUCCAAGUCUUAUACACUGGGUACAUCAUACAUCCUAUAUUCUACCACAGGGAAGAGUUUAUUGGUGGAAUCCAAAAAAGGGUUCGGGCGAUUAUUUUGAUGAAAUUAAUGAUGAGGAUGAAGCAGAGGAAAAUGAAGAUAGUCAAAUGAAGAAUGUCAUACAACCAGAACGUGGACCACCUAUACUUACACCGAUUUCAUCUGACUUACCAAUAUUUGGACAAAAACCAUGGUCAAUCAGAAUAAGCUCUAAAUUAUUGCCAGAAUAUGCAUCUGUUGUUGUAUCUUCUAAUAUCUGGGUGGGGGCACAUGCAGUAUCAUGGGGGAGGCGAUUUGAAAAUAUUUAUGUUGGGUGGGGCUUAAAAUCAGUUACUUCAGGUUUUCAACCUCAGGUACAACCGAUUGAAAUGGAUGAAUAUCAAGAAGUUUCUGAUUUCAAUGAGGCAACCGAUCCAACUCCUCAAGAAGAGGCUGCAUUAAGAGCUCUGCUCAAUCCGCCCGAAGAGGAAGAUGAAGAUUUAGCUAAAGAAGAACAAGAAGAAGGAGAAGAAGGUGAUGAUUAAAGAAAGAUUAUUUAUUUGGAUAAUAGACAGAUUGUUUGGAUACACUAAAUAAAGAUUAGGAUCUUAAAAUAUGAUUAUAUUUGUAAAAAAGUGGAAGAAAUCAAAAUGUUUAUCGAUUAUAACUUAUUAGUCAAUUUUAAAAAGUCCAUGCUAAUGUUUUAAUUCCUGUAAACAGUCAUAUUUCUCAAAUUAAAAUGACAACUAA